UAGCGAGAAACUAGUCGAUUAGUCGCUCGAAGAAAGUUGGAAGAAAAAUAAGUGUUGUUUGAGUGUAGCUGGAGUAAAAUUUAAAAAAUUUCAGUGCAAUUCCUUCCAGAUUGCACUAUUUUAAUCGAUGCAAACAAAUAAUUCUCCGAGAAAUUAGUAGCAAGCAAAGAACGUUAAAAACAUUUGAAGUGCAACGCUAUAGGUGUGGGCAAUCGUGUCAGUGAAAAUAAAGUCUUUGCGACGGGUAAAGUGCUGGUGCUAGAUUUGAAGGAAGUUACAUAUUUUUAAAAGGCUUUGAAUCGGUAUUUGUCGCUAAAAAAUCGUAUAAAGUGAACAAAUAACACAGAAGUGUUCUUCAUAAGUGCAUCGAAAGAAAGGAUACAAAACAGACGCAGGCUGGAGUUUCAAGUAUAAUUCAAAGCGCUAUAAUAUAUAAAAGAAGUCAAGGCCAUCCAUCCAUUGACUGCAUAAGAUUUCAUCAUUAUGGCGUGGCGCUUCAAAGCAUCGAAAUACAAGAAUGCCGCACCAAUCGUCCCAAAGCCGGAGGCAUGCAUUCGCGACAUUUGUGUCGGCUCCUACCAGACUUUCGGCAAUAAUAUUGUCGCAUCCGCCGCUUUUAUGGCAUUUAAUUGGGAGCAUACGGGUUCGAGUGUUGCAGUUUUGCCACUAGACGAUUGUGGGCGCAAGAGUAAAACAAUGCCGUUGCUGCAUGGCCACACAGAUACGGUGACUGAUUUGGAGUUUUCACCAUUUCAUGAUGGUCUCUUGGCAACAGCGUCCCAAGAUUGUCUCGUCAAGAUUUGGCACAUACCCGAAAAAGGCCUUGAGGCAUCGCUUUCAGAUCCUGAAUGUGUUUUUUCACACAAACAGCGCCGUGUAGAGACAGUUGGUUUUCAUCCCACUGCCGAUGGCCUGCUGCACUCCACCGCUGUCGGUUGUGUGACGCUCUUCGACAUAACAACACAAAAUGAAAUUUUCUCUAACAACGAGCAUCCCGAGGUCAUACAGUCAGUUAGCUGGAAACAGGAUGGCACAACUUUGGCUACAAGUUGUAAAGAUAAAAAUGUGCGCAUAUUGGAUCCCCGCGCUGGUGAUGCGCCCAUUCAAAUGAUUGCUGAAUCACAUCAAAGCAUCAAAGACUCGCGUGUCGUGUGGUUGGGCAACCAAACGCGUAUUCUAACCACUGGGUUUGAUGCGGCCCGUUUGCGUCAAGUGAUCAUUCGUGAUUUGCGUAAUUUCGCGGUGCCGGAAAAGACUUUGGAGCUUGACUGCUCGACGGGCAUCCUAAUGCCGCUCUUCGAUCCAGACACAAACAUGUUAUUCCUUGCAGGAAAAGGAGACACAACCAUCAAUUACUUGGAAGUGAGCGACAAGGAUCCCUAUCUGACGGAAGGUUUGCGUCACACAGGCGAACAAACAAAAGGUGCUUGCUUGGUGCCAAAACGCGCGCUCAAAGUAAUGGAAGGCGAGGUGAAUCGAGUGCUGCAACUAACUUCCAACAUGGUCAUACCCAUUAUGUAUCAGGUGCCACGUAAGACUUAUCGUGACUUCCAUAGCGAUCUGUAUCCCGAAACAACAGGUUAUAAGACCGAAUUAACCGCUAGCGAAUGGCUGCAUGGUACCAACUUGCCGGUGCCAAAAAUGAGCUUGGAUCCGGCGAAGCGUGAGUUAGGCGACACACCAAUAAUUGUACAUCGUGGUAAUUUGAAUGAUUUAAUUAAAAAUAUUGAAAAUAAAAAAGUGUCCAACAAAACACCACCCCUAAAAUCGCCAAGUAAUGCAAUGGAAUCUGGUAAUUUGUUGCAACAACGCAACGGCAAUGGGAAAAACCACUUUCAAAUGAAAACAAGCAUAGGAAAUGAAAAAGAUGGCAGCGUCAAAGCGCUUUUGCACGCACACAGCAUUAGCGAAUCGGAGAAAGCCGAAGAGGUUGGUGGUGCCGGAUUUACUAAAUCUGAACUCAUACGCAAAUUUGACAACAAAUAUAAAACUGAUUCAGAGAAGGAUUUUAAAGAGUUGGAAUUGACACGACGCUUUAGCCGUGAAUCGCCGGCGGAUGAGUCGACAGGCAGCAGCGAAGACGCUACAACCGAUUUGUCAUCGCCACCGCAACAACAACAGCGUGAGCGUGAAGGCAGCAGCGGUAGCGUUGGCAGCGGUGUGACCUCACCGCCCAGACCAAUGCCUCGCACAUCCCGAAAUAAUUCAUUGGGGGAUGCGGCUACCACAGCUGCAUUUGCAAGUGGUGCUGGUGGCGAUGAGGUCAUGCCACGUCCACGCCCGCGCACUACCGCGGCGUCCGCUUACAAGCCACGCCUUGGACCAAAGCCAUUCUCAAGCAAUUCGGGCGAUGUUUCGUUCGACAAAGUCUUCGCUGUGCCAGUAGCGCCAGGAUCACAAGAAAAUAUACAUCACAUUUCAACCGCAGGUGCAGCUGAUAAUGGAGGAGACACUUUCGUGGCGCCAGCACCAGUUGCGCCAGCGGCUACUCCAACACAAAACAAACCAGAUUUGAUUGUGGAAAUUGAAAUUAAAAAACCCAAUGUUGAUAAUGCCAACGAGAGCAACAUACAAAAAACUCUGUCGACCUCGGAACGUCGGAAGUCCUCGGCUGAUGCUGAUGAAUCGCCCGAUAAGAUUUUCGAGCAAACUCAUUCAGAAUCCUCGGAGAAUUCUACUGAAGGUGAUGAUAAACCUGAUACGGAAUUGCGUCGUUUCUCGGCUGCCAGGAGCAGCAUUGCCGAGCGGCGGCGUUUAUAUGAGAAUCGAUCAAAGAGCACAGUGGAGGAGAAAUCGCAAUCGCCAGUGCCUUUGCGGCGUGAGCUUUCUAAGGGAGAACCCUUUAAACCCCAACAACAGCAACCCUCUUUAACUGCUCCUGUCACCGAAAUUAAACGUAUUUCUGCGCCUGAAGGCAAACUUUUAGAGGAACGUCGUCGCAAUGUCACAUCCGUUGUUGAUGGUGGCGCUGCAAUAAAGAAGUCGUCAACUGAAGCAGCCAUUACUACCACACACAAGCGCACGUCGACCGUUUUCGGUAAAGUCUCGAAAUUCCGCCAUCUAAAAGGCACACCUGGCCACAAAUCUACACACAUUGAAAAUUUGCGCAAUCUCAGCCGCCAGAUUCCGGGUGAAUGCAACGGUUUCCAUGCCAAUCACGAACGAGUUGCUGUACCGUUAUCGGGUCCUGGUGGUAAAAUUGCCAUAUUCGAGCUAAGUCGUCCAGGUCGUUUGCCUGACGGUGUAAUACCAUCUUUGGUGAAUGGCAGCAACAUUAUGGACUUUCAGUGGGAUCCUUUUGAUUCGUCACGUUUGGCUGUUGCUUGUGAUGAUGGCAUCGUUAAGUUGUGGCGCAUUCCCGAGGGUGGUCUCAAUGAACCAACAAAUACCACGGAACGUGAGCUAAUUGCACAUUUGGACAAAAUCUACUUUAUACGGUUUCAUCCGUUGGCUGAAGACGUUUUGUUGACGGCUAGCUAUGAUAUGACUGUAAAAUUGUGGGAUUUGCGUACUUUGGAGGAGAAAAUUCUACUAACGGGCCAUACAGAUCAGAUAUUCGAUUUAGCUUGGAGCCCUUGUGGCAAGUUGGCAGCAACCGUGUGUAAAGAUGGUAAGUUGCGUGUCUAUAAUCCACGCAAGUCGGAGACUCCAAUGCGCGAAGGUAAUGGGCCGGUAGGUACGCGCGGUGCGCGUAUCACCUGGGCGCUGGAGGGUCAGUACAUCGUUUGCACUGGAUUUGAUAAAGUGUCUGAGCGUCAAAUAAGCGUAUACAAUGCACAAAAACUGAAUGCGCCAUUGAAUACAGCCAGUCUCGACGUCUCGCCAUCUAUACUGAUACCCUAUUAUGAUGAGGACAGUUCGACUUUGUUUGUGACGGGCAAGGGUGACUCCACCAUUUACUGCUAUGAGAUAACGGAUGAGGAGCCAUACGUUUGUCCUUUAUCGCAUCAUCGCUGCACAUCAUUACACCAAGGAUUGAGUUUUCUCACCAAAAAUUAUUGCGACGUAGCGAGUGUUGAGUUCUCGAAAGCGUACCGAUUGACAAACACAACUAUCGAGCCGUUGAGCUUCACUGUGCCACGUAUUAAGAAUGAAUUAUUCCAAGAUGAUCUCUUUCCACCAACUCGCGUCACCUGGAAGCCCACAAUGUCGGCGGAUGAAUGGUUUGCAUGCAAUGAUAGGAAACCGACAAAGUUGAGUUUGCAACCUAACGGCAUGGAAGCUUUAUCCUCCAUUCAACAAGUGGCAACCGCCAAGAAGAUUGAGCAUGCGGGAAAUGGCAACAGUACUGCGAUGACAGGAGCAGAAUUUGAGAAAAACAAGCAACAAGAGAUUCAGAAGUCAGUGAGUGCCCGCCUGGAAUACAAUACCAAACUGGAGCAAGACGACAUGGAAGGCGUGGAUGAAAAUGAGUGGCAAGAAGAUUAAACAUCUUUUUCAACAAAAAUCAUACCAGGUAGUAAUAAGAAAAGGCCACGGUGCUGAACGCUUAGUACGUUCAUGGCUAAAGGGUUUGUAUGGAAGAGCAGGGAGGAUGCAGUCAGCAGUUUAGCCCUGGCGUUUAGCAGUAUGUUACGUUAAGUUAAUAUGAGCGUGCGUGUGUAUAAGAACAGACAGACAUUUGAUAAAUUGAUAAGUUUUACAUGCAUGCAUAUACAUACAUACAUACAUACAUACAAGAAUAUUUUUGCUACAAUUAGAAGUUACAUGCGUUUUCACGUUUGCAGACAUUCUCAAUUCUCAUGAAACAUUCUCAAAGCGUAAAGAUAUAGGUAUAAUAUUUACCAAUAACAACAACAUUUUAACAUUCAUAAAUUUUAAGUUUGAUGAUAAACCUCAAAAGGGUACCCAAAAACAAUGCACGAAAUGACAACUAGGACAGCAAUAGCAAAUAUUGAGUUAAAUUAAAAAAUAAGUAACAUUUCCAGGGACAAAAUUCUUUAGAAAUAUUUAUAUAAAGGUAUGUAACAUGAAGACUGCAUAUAAAUGUAUUUUAGUUAGUUUGAAAAUAUUUAUGUGACCCAAGAACUUUUCUUUUUUUACAUUUACCUACAUUUAUACAUAAUGUAACUUCAUUAUUUUUAAUCAAUACUCAAGAUUUGCCAAAAAGAAAAAGGAAAAAAAAAAGAAACCAACCGUGCAUGUGUACAUUUUCGCAUUCCACAUAUGAAGCAAAAAGGAAAAUUAUACACGAAAAAGUAUAUUUAUUUCGAAAUGAUUUGUAUUCGGGCUGUUUACGAAAGAAUAUGAUUAUAAUUAUAAUUAUUGGUUUAUACGAUUUGACGUAACGUUGAAAAUGAUAUUUUGACAUGUGAACAAAGGAAAAGCGUUAGUUACACUGUUGCCAUAUGAAAUGCAAAUUCCUCUUGGUUAUUUACAAAUAUUUAACUGCAUUAUAUUUAAAUUUAUAUUUAUAUACAAGUAUAUAUGUGUAUGUGUAGUAGUUUAGAAAGCGCGCAUGUAUUUUGCAAUAUAUACAUAUAUAAAUAUAUAUAUAUAUAUAUAUAUGCAUACAUACACAAUACAUUUAUUUAAGGCAUACAAAUUUAUGUAAUGUAUUUUAUUAUAACUGAUAACUGAUACACUAAUGAAAUGAUGAUUAUUACGAUAAUGACAAAGCUGAUGUGACAACUUUUUCUCUUUAACAUAUUUAUGAUUAUCUGUAUAUUUUAACCUUAUAAUGAGAUAAACUUACAAAAAAAAAAAACAAAAAACAGUUUAUAUAGAACAAUGGAAACUUAUGCUCUCUAGUCUUCGUAUGAAGAAUUUUUUGAAAUUUAAAAACAUUCUCCGGCACUACUCACACACACUACCUUCAAGCAAUCAAGCGAUAAAUCAGGACAACAAUAUUUUCAGCAGCAACAUUAAUUGUUCACAAUAAGCUAUGCUUAUUUCGCCAUAUAUGUAUGAGAGGGGGGUAUAUGAAAAUUAAAUUUCGAUUUACGGGGCUGCUAUUUGCUGUUUUCGAACAACAAUUGUUAGUGUGGUUUUUUUUUCGUUUCUUCCUGGUUUUUUGUUAUUUGUAUUUGGUAUUUUGCAUAUUUCACUUUUACAAAGAAAACUUUCAAUUUGCGUCUUUGAUAUUUUCCUACAAAUCUAUUAUCUACUACAUUGGGGAAUAAGUUCGUAGCGUUUUUACCGAAGACUUUUAUUUACAUAAAAAACAGUAAUUAUAAUGGCUGUACAACUAAUCAAUUUCGUAUUUUUUUGUUAAAAAAACCAUUCAUUUAAGUAUAAAAGUGAAAAAAUAUUUUAUUCAAAAUAUUGUCCAUCGGAAGUGGCAACUUUUUCCCAUCUUUCAGGCAAUUUAUGGACUCCAUCCCAAAAAAAACUUCUCUUCUUUUGCGCCGAGAAAGUCAUCAAGCCCCAUACCUUCAACAUUGGUGAACCGUAUUCCAGAAAGGUGAUUUUGCAUGGACCGAAACAAAUGGUAAUCAGAAGGAGCUAUGUCUGGGCUAUAAGGCGGGUGCGGCCUGGCUGGUUGGCCUGGCUUCACAUAUGAUCUUUUACGCUUUGGGUUGU